UCCGUAACCUGGCGGAGGAGGGGCCGUGAGAGAACAUGGCGCUGCCGUGGAGGCGCUGCUGCAGGUGGACUGCGGGACUCGGCGGGGCGCCGCUGCUUAGUGCGGUGUGUGGGAGGUUUGCUGCGGUCGCGGAAGGGAGCCUGAGAAGAAAGGGGACUUCAUCUGGCCUGGGGUCUGCCGCCGCCGCCUUCGCCGCCGGUGCGGGAAACAAGGUGCAAUGUAGAAGCCAAUCAGCUGUAAUCAAGAAACCAAGUGUUUGGUGGAGAUGUAACUUCAGAUCCUUAUGCACUACGGAAAAUCCACGCUGCUGCAACAGGCUACAUAGUGACGCAAACCUGAAGGAUCCAUUUCCACUGGUGCAGAAAGACUUGAAGAAUUUGUAUGACGAUAUCAAAAAGGAGCUGCUCGUUUCCAAACUGGAGCUGAAGUCCCUGUGCGAUUAUUACUUCGAUGGGAAGGGGAAGGCCUUUCGCCCAAUGGUUGUGGCGCUGAUGGCCCGAGCGUGCAACGUCCACAGCGGCCGGGACCGGGAUCUGCUUCCAUGCCAGCGCUCUAUAGCCAUGAUCUCGGAAAUGAUCCACACGGCAAGCCUCGUCCACGAUGACGUCAUCGACGGCUCCGACACGCGGCGAGGCAAAACCACGAUCAACGAAAUCUGGGGAGAAAGAAAGGCUAUCCUGGCAGGUGACUUCAUCCUCUCUAAAGCCUCCAUGGCUCUCGCUCGAAUUGGCAACAACACUGUGGUGGCAGUCUUGUCUCAAGUCAUUGACGACUUAGUGCGAGGUGAAUUCAUGCAGCUCGGCUCAAAAGAAAACGAGAACGAGAGAUUUAAGCACUACCUCGAGAAAACCUUUAAGAAGACCGCAAGUCUUAUAGCGAACAGUUGUAAAGCAGUAUCGAUCCUUGGAAGUCCAGACCCAGAGGUACAUGAAAUUGCAUUCCAGUAUGGGAAGAAUAUUGGAAUCGCAUUUCAGCUGAUAGAUGAUGUGUUGGAUUUCACGUCUUGUGCGAAUCAGUUAGGGAAGCCCUCGGCAGCUGAUCUGAGGCUGGGCCUGGCUACAGGUCCGGUCUUGUUUGCCUGCCAACAGUUUCCUGAACUGCAUGCAAUGAUAAUGCGGAGAUUCGGUUCUGCAGGAGAUGUGGAGCGUGCCUGGCAAUACGUACUGCAGAGUGAUGGUGUCCAGCAAACCAGCUACCUCGCCCACCGUUACUGCCAAGAGGCCAUCCAACAGAUUCGCAAGCUGUGUCCCUCCCCAGAGAGGGAGGCACUUGUCCACCUGCCGGAAAUCAUUCUAACUCGUGACAAGUGAACCUUGAACCUUCCUCCGCCUGAGGCAGCUACUCCUCUUCCCUGGGCCUGCAAGGACAGGAGCACUCUGUGUAGGUUCACAGAGAAGAAGAAGUCAAUUCUCCAACAUCACAGUACCUGUUACUGUCACAAACAGUUCUGUCUUAUCCAAAGACUUUCCUUAAAACAGUUAUCCUAGGAGAAAACACUUUUAAUCAAGGAAAUUCCCGAUGACCGCAGAGGGAAAAGUACGGGGGUGUGGAUAUGUUUACAAUGCACUUAAAAAUCCGUCCACACUGCAAGGCCAAUAGUGUGAAAUCGCAUACAGUCUAGUGACAAGGUUAUUAUUCUCAUUUUGUAACUUCACGGUAACAACCAAGGCCUUAAUCUACUUUUACAGUGUAACCAACUACUUUUGGGGUCCAUUCUGGUUUCCUCUGUAAGCCAAGCCGAUUCUAGUGCUGUGAAAGAAAAUAUAUGGAAAGGCAAGUAAGAGGAAUUUGGAAUAAAAAAAAAAACCUCACCUGACCCCACCUCUUGUACUUGGUUUUACAUAAAGGCAAUAUUUUUUAAAUCAA